AUGGCAGAUUCGGACAGGACGGAAUAUCAAAUACCAUUCUACUAUCGCUGUGAACCGCCAUUACCCGACGACCUUGAGACAGAGACGUCCAUCGUGCAAGACAAGACCGUCAAAGAGUGCCUGCCCCUCCUGAAUGAAGUGGAUGAUGCAAGCCGAAGCCCCUUUGAUUUCAAUGAGUUCGGGCUGCCUAACUUGGAAAAAGAGAAGCAUAUCGGGUUUCUCCAUGAUAACCUGGGUGAAUUUCCGGCACCCUUCGUCGGCCUCGACGCCAGUCGUCCUUGGAUGGUCUAUUGGGCAUUAUUAGGGCUCUACCUGCUCGGCGAGGAUAUCUCGGUGUUCAGAUCAAGGGUUGUGAAGACAUUCUAUUCAAUGCAACAUCCCGACGGUGGCAUAGGAGGCGGCUUUGGACAAUAUGCACAUCUGGCAGGGACCUAUGCCGCACUGCUCAGUCUUGCUUUGGUCGGUGGCGAAGAAGCAUACGGACUUGUUGAUCGUCAAAAGAUGUGGCACUGGCUCGGUCGUCUCAAACAGGCAGAUGGGGGUUUCAAGGUAUCCGAGGGCGCUGAAGAAGACACUCGAGGAGCACUUUGUGCCUUGCUCGCGAUCUCCUUGCUCAAUCUCCCUCUAUCGCUCCCACGGGAUUCUCCAGCCCGCGCUGCGGGACUGGAGACGUUCAGAGAUGGACUCGGCGAGUAUCUCUCACGAUGCCAGACAUACGAAGGUGGAAUUGCAGCAUCACCAGGAGGCGAGGCGCACGGUUCUUAUGCUUUCUGUGCCCUCGCGUGUUUGUGCCUGUACGGCCCGCCGGACAGGACGAUCAACAAGUUCUUAGAUGUCGAUGCAUUGCUAUGGUGGCUGUCUUCGCGGCAAUAUGCGCCAGAAGGUGGACUUGCUGGUCGAACAAACAAGCUGGUGGACGGCUGCUACAGCCAUUGGCUUGGAUCAUGCUGGCCACUAAUACAAGCAGCAGUGAGCGGGCCUCGUGAUUCAGCUGGAAGCAGAAGCCUUGGUGUCGGUGAGAAUCUUUAUAGCAGCGAAGGUCUCGCAAGAUACAUUCUUUGCUGCUGCCAGGCAGAGGAGGGCGGGCUCCGGGACAAACCAUCAAAACACCCUGAUUCUUACCAUACAUGUUACACUCUUUGCGGACUCAGCACAGUUGAGCACUCCCACAGUUACGCGCUUGCUGACAACGACGACGACCCCUUUAGCUCAGCAUUUUCCUGGGAGGUGUCCCACACCCCAAUUCACAGCGAGCAGAACGACAGCAAGGUCUUCGAUACUGGUGCCGGUGUAAAGAAGAUCCACCCGAUCUAUACCAUCCCACACGACGCUGCACUGGCCAUCAGGCAGUGGUUCUUGAUGAGACCUCUGGACGUUGACGCGUACGGCAAUACCCCGACAAGCUCGUGA